AUGGGUGCAGUCGACCCAACAUAUCCGCUUUACCCUAUCGCAUGCGUCCUGGCGGCGGCCAUGCUACUGCUCGUGCAAUUGACUAGCUUCAUCCGCCAGAGCUGUAAUCUCGGCGUCGCCUUCUUGUGCUUUUGGCUGUUCUUCGAGAAUGUCACAGGCGCUGUGAAUGCCAUCGUUUGGUCAGGCAAUGCUGAUAUCAAACUCCACGUGUAUUGUGAUAUCGUGUCGCAUCUGGACAUCGUCUGCUUCGUCGUCAAGCCUAUGGCGACUCUCAUCAUCACACGUCGGCUGUAUCUGAUUGUCAGUCUGCAGUCAAUAGAACUACCCAGUUUGUCGGCUAGACGCUGGAAUAUCCUAUUAGAGUGGAUGAUGGCGUGUGCGAUCCCUCUGCUCGUAGCUCUGCCCAUUUAUUACUUGGUACAAGAUAUGCGAUUCGCAGUGGUCGAAGGCUUUGGGUGCAUAAACUCGGCAGCACCGUCUGCGCUGAAUAUGAUCCUCCUCAAGAGUUGGAGCGUAAUUCCGCCCUCUCUGUCCAUCGCCUUCUACUAUCCCAAAGUCAUACGAAUGUUCUACCGUCAGAGUAGAGACGUGAACAGCUUUCUGCGCAGUAAUAACUCGGUAUCGCGGACGAAUUAUUACCGCAUCCUUGCGCUCGCGAGUAUCGACGUUGCACUCACAUUGCCUGUGGGUAUCACGAACAUGCUCCUCUAUAUUAUGGUGGAUGUAUCGCUGUCUGGUGCUAUUCCAUUUUAUUCAGGCUGGCACGCGACACAUUCAGACUGGGCCCCCAGAAGUAUAACAUACGCGGAACUCCAAGCUUCUGGCACAUCAUCCUUGGUGUUGCAAUACUUUGCGCACUGGGUGAGCCCAGUGCUCGCGUUUGCUAUUUUCGCUCUGUUCGGUUGCACGGUGGAGGCACGGGCAUCGUACUGGCGCAUGUUCUGGACGGUUGCUGGGUGGCUCGGUUGGAGGCCAAACGCGCGUCUGGCGCGUAAGGACGCGUCCACGUCGAUAGGCGCUAUCGAGUUUGGAGCGCGUCCUCCAAUCCGCUCGCUGGAUGCUGAGAUGGGGUCUCGUUCUCCAAGUCUCGUAAAGGCCGACUUACCCAUAGUCGGGUUCAACCCCGGAAGCUACGCUGCAACCGAAGUUACGGCUAUAUCAGAUACGCAAAGCGACUAUGGCGACGUCAAGAGCUUGUACUGUUUGGACUCUGCGUAUGCUAUAUGA